AUGUUAUCUAUUGAUGCUUGGCUGCCAGGUGACAACGCUGAAAUUGAAGCAGGAGGUGUGAAAAAGUCUGUUUCUUCCAGACAGCAGAAAAGCAAAACAGGAGAGGUGAAUCCAAACAGAGCUGCUGGUGAAGGGCAGGGGCAGGCAGGGCUCCAGAUACAGCAGGCUCCUUUCUUGGGCCACAAAAGUACCGAGAUCUUCUCAGCUGAGAUGAGCUCCCCCCAGAAGAGAGAGAAAGGGAAAGAAGGGGAUGAACAAACACUGAAACAUGGAAGCAGACAGACCUGGGCAAUUCCCCGUGAUUUCUGUGUGGGUGGGUGUGUGGUCACUGCCGAGCACCGGGGGUCAAGCUGCAUGCAAGCUGUCAAGGGCACCAGGCAGCAUCGCCUAACGCUCGCCAUCGGCCCCGCAGGUGAGAAGCUGGCGAGCCCCAGGCAUGUGCGCUUUGCUGCGGAGAUGGCACAUCACCUGCUGCGCUGGGAGCCGGGACACAGCCCCCCCGGCGACGUCCGUUACGAAGUGGAGCACAGAGUCUAUGGCACAAACAUCUCCUGGACAGCUGUCCCAAACUGCAUGAAGAUCUCAGGGUGCUCCUGUGACCUCACCUACUACACCCUGGAUCCUUCUCACCGCUACUUCGCGCGGGUCAGGGCUGUGUCUGGAAGCCGCACGUCCCCAUGGAAAAGGACCAAUGCCUUCUCCCCGCAAGAAGCCACUCUGCGCCUGUCGGGCCAGAGCGUCUCUGUGCAGGGCAACAGCAUCCACGUGCAGCUGCAGCUGCUCCUCAGCGCCGGGAACCUCACCGUGAGGUACGACGACAUACAGAGGCACGCCAGGAAAUACAGGGUGUACAUCAGGAGGGCUCAGGACAACCGGACGUACGAAGUGGAGUACGCUGCCCCAGAGUUCAACAUCACCAACCUGUUCUGGAACACGGAGUACUGCCUCAGUGUGGAACCCAGAGUGGCCAGCCGGCCCACCCGCACCGUGCGCACCGCCGAGCAGUGCGUCACCAUCGGCCAGAGGGACCGUAAGUACCGGGGUGCCGGGGAAAAGGGUGGCCAGGUGGGAUGUAGAUCCUCCUCAGCCUCUUGGCCCUGGAGAAACAAGGGUCUGCACCAGGGCAGCCGCUCCAUGCCCCCGCUGCUAUGUGCACCGAGGACUCUGCCUCACGCUGCUCACCCAGGCAUGUCCACUCUUGCAGGGACCUCAGAGCUCAUCCUGGGCAUUGUCAGCUCUUUCUUCAUCACUGUGUUCCUCUUGAGCCUCCUGGGGUGUCUGCUGGUGUGCACCUACAUAAAGAAACCCGUGAGACCGCCGUCUGUCCUGAAGUCUUUCAUAAAGCAGAGCUCGCUCUGGAUGGAGCAGGAGUCCUCAUCCUCGAGCAGCCGGGACACAGACCCUGUCCAGCAGCUGUUCCUGUGCCCAAAGGAGCCUCGGCAGGACGGUCCUCCCAACGGCAGCACCGGCACAGCCCAGCUGCCCCUGGAGAAGAGCUGGCAGCUCCCAGCAUGGCCUGAGGACCGCAUUUGCCUGAUGGAGACAGGGCCCACGGUAAGCGGAGACAGCAGCUGCACCAGCACGGACAGCGGCAUUUGCCUGCAAACCUCCUCCUCCUCGGAACUGAGCUGCUCCUCUAGCCUCGAGUCCCAGGGCUACAAGCGGCAGCUGCCUGCUGGCGAUGACAGUGGCGUGGGCUUGGGGACCACCUGCCCUCGCCCCACGUGCCCCCCCAGCAGCGGGACCAGCCCUGCAGAGGCCAGGCAGCCCUGCGGGGGGGAGCUCAGCAUCUCCUCCGGCGUCAGCCAGGACAGCCAACAAGACGUCGAGUUCCGUGGGUACCUGCAGCAGUCCAAGGGCACGGUGGAACCAAGGCAGGACCCAGCCAAGGGGGUGCCCUUUUUGGGCUGUGCAGGAUCCCCUCAGGGCCCGGGCAGCACUGACAUUGUGCUGGAUGUGGAGUGCUCCAAGCUGGCUGUGGCCAAAGGGUAUUUGAAGCAGUCAUCUCCUGAGCACCCCUGCAGCCACGCACAGGACCUUGCUCCAUGGGAGAACCCUCGGGACUUCCCUGCCUGGGACUUUUCCAGCCAGCUGGGACCCCGAGCCCCUGCUCUGCUUGGCUAUGGGGCUCCAGGAGCUGCCUCAGCCUCCAAAGCUGGCCCUGAGUUCCUGAGAGCUCCCUUCGACCCGAGCAUCUUCAACACUGACCUCCUGGGGACGCUGCCUUUCAUCUCCAGCCUCAGCACCAACUAGCGGCUCAUGCUGCAAAUCAAGCCCCUGAGCCUGCUCAGCGAGGACGGCAAGGACAGCCGCCUGUGACGCACCCUGUGCUGGGGAUCAGGUGCCCGCCAGCCCCGCACAACCACCCAACUACCUCUUCUAGCCACCACCUGUGGGGACCAGCUACUCCGAUAAGCUACUGCCAACCCUGAAUAUUAAUGCACAGAACUGAGCAGUGCCCCAGCCAAGACCCACCGAGAAGCACCAGUUUAGCUACUUCUGGGGCUGCUUUGGCCCCAGUGCUGCUGUGCAAGCCCCCAGCACAGCCUGCAUCUUCCCUCCAGCAACUGUCUGCUGUAAAGCUAGUGAGACAUGGGGAUGAGGGGCUCACCCCCACCUCCUCCGACCACGAAGCCCAAGAAUGCACACCGGGAUGUUUCCAAGGGAUGAUCCUGCCUUGUCUGCCCCCCCCAGCAGCCCAGUGCGGGGCUCACAGCUGCCGGGCUCAGGGCCACCCUUGGGGGCCAGCCCCACGCUUCCUCUCCCCACUUCCCCCUUGCACUGGUGAGCACUGGCCUUCUCCAGCUGACAUCCAUGCCUCGGAUGCUGUCCAAACCUUUCACAACACUGACACUGACAGCAAAGCGCAGCCUGACGUCAGGCAUCCUGCUGCUGGGAGCAGGGAGCUGCCACCCUGGCCUCGCUGGGACAGAGCGAGGGACU